CCCUCUCGCACCCUCCCCGUCGGUCUCUUCUUUCUCGAUUCACACAAUGGCAUCCAUGCUAUCCGCGCGCGCGGCCAGGACCGUCUCCUGUUCGACCUGCCGCACCUUCGCCGCGCCCAUCGUCUCGUCGUCCGCUCUUCUCUCCCGGCGUGCAUACUCGACCGAGCAGGAGGCUUCCUCCCCAGUCGACUACGCGAACAAGCCCCGCUGGUCGUACACGCCGCCGCGCGCAAAGGCCCCCUUCAGCUUGCGGUUCGAUUCGCGCCGACAAGAAUAUCCUGUCAACUCCGACCCGAAGGCCUUGGAUGAGUUCUACCUGCGCAUGCUCGGCAAGGACGGUGACAAGGUUUUGUCCGAUGAGGUGAAGUGGCUGGCGGUGACGCAUAAGAGUUUUGACCAGGGCCGGAGGGGAUUCAAUGAUCGGUUGGCUUUCUUGGGGAAGCGGAUCGUUCAGCUGCAGGCUUCGCUGGCGCUCGUGCAGAGCCCCAGCACCUCCGCGAACGCGGCGGCUCCUGAUGCUCAAGGCCGCGAGCCUUUCACGCACCCGGCUCUCGAUGGCCUGAACAACCUGUCUCAGGGUAUGAAGGACUUCUUGAUCAGCAAGACGCAGAUGGCGGAACUGGCGCAGAAGUACGAGUUGCAGAAGGUUCUGCGGUGGAGCCCGAGAAAGCCUCAAAACCUGACCACGUCCGGACUUGACCUGGUCCUCACCCACACGAUGUACGCGGUUAUCGGUGCCAUCUCGCUGGAGAAGGGCGGCCAUGCGGCCAACCAGGUGGCUCAGGAGCGGAUACUGGCGCCGCUGGGCUUCAAGACUACGGCUUGAGAGCGCUAGGGAGGGUGUACAGGGAGCAUUUCAGGCGUUAUUCUCAUUUCUAUCUUUACCUUGACCGAUUGUGUAUGGAUCGGGAUUGGCUGGGGACUGCCAUCAUCCUCAGGAUACUGUUUCUUUCUUGUCCUUUUUGUGUACUGUACUACUAUACGACCUGUGAUAUACAUAUGGAUUUGAAUUGG